GGACACAAAACACCAGAAAGUAAUCAGAGAAAGCGGGGUGAGGUUGUGUGAGCGUUGGGGAGAACUACCGCGACGCUGAUAGCAACUAUAGGCGCUCAUGUAACUCUGUCCUCGUCUUCUCUGUAGACCGAAGAGAACUCAACACAACGCACCCUCUUGUGCUUUGCAUGCGGUGAGCGAUCAAGCGCGAGGGCUCGGAAAAAACAGCGGUGGAGACGGAAGUUUGGAAAUCCCGGGCGCCUCGGGAGUGAAUGGUGGAGCCCAGUCCCCCAGCGCUGCAUCUCCAUGCCAGCGGUGAUGUCAGCAUGGUGGGCGUCAGUGUGAAGUUGGAGGAGUCUGGAGGAGAAGGGGGAGGAGCCCAUACCAGGGCAGAGCAGCUCUCCUCUCCUGCCUGUGAUUGGUCAGGACAUCAGCCAAUGGAACGACCGGAGUCUAGACAGCUGACUCCUCCCCUCUCCCGCUCACCCUCAGAGGGCUCUCCUGGUAAGGAACAGCUUCUCAGACAGAGUCCUGUUGGGAUGAAGGGGGGCAGCAGGGGGUACAACCACCGACCAGAGGGACACAUGCACCCCACUGUCAGCGAAGUCAUGCCCACCAUAGAGAAGCUUCUAAGUGUGGACUGGAGGGAGAAAUUUCUGGACAAAAGCCCCCUGGGAGGCAACCACCUGAAAGGCACUCCAGAGUCUCUGGCAGAGAAGGAGCUGCAGUUGUUAUUGAUGAUCAACCAGCUGGGUGGUCUGAGGGAGCAGCUGCUGGGAGCCCACUCUGAGCAGAGGAACAUGGCUGCCUUGCUGCUGGAGAAACAACAGCAGCAGAUGGAGCUGGCCAGACAGCAGCAGGAACAGAUUGCCAAACAGCAGCAGCAGUUGAUCCAGCAGCAGCACAAAAUCAACCUGCUUCAGCAACAGAUCCAGCAGGUUAACAUGCCCUACGUGAUGAUCCCAGCCUUCCACCCCAACACCCAGCAACUCCCUGUCACUGCCGACAACCAGAUGACCAUGCCUCUGCAGCCAAUCCCCUGCAAGCCAGUGGACUAUCCCAUGCAGCUGCUGCAGAACUCUCACUCCACCCCUGUGAAAAGGCCCAGUGGUACCUUCCGUCAGGAAGCCAGCCAGCCUCUGAAUCUGACCUCCAAGCCCAAGGGGAUGGACAUGGGGAAGAGCCCCAGCCCGCAGAUCUUUGAGCUGGGCUCGCUGACUCUUCAGGGUGGGUACAGACCCAGGGACAACCAUAGAGACAGCCCUUCACGGCCUGCACUUAACCUAGGUUUCCUGGGAGAGGGGGAUGUGGUGACCCAGGCCAUCCACGAUGCCCAGCAGCUGCUGUGGAGUCAUGGGCCGGGCGGAAGAGAGAGGGAGCGAGAGAGAGACUGCACUGCCAGGAUGGAGCAUAAGGAGUCUGGUCGCAGCGACAGGCUGCCACACCAAGACCGGGGAGAGAACAGACAAACCCGCCAAACCAACGAGGACCACCACAGCAGUGAUUCUGAGGGCCCCCUGUCUGCUCCUGGUGUGGGGUUGUUUGCAGAGGUUCGCAGUCCCCCCUCCUCCGUCCACAUCAAGAGGCCCAUGAACGCCUUCAUGGUCUGGGCCAAAGACGAGAGGCGACGGAUACUACAGGCCUUCCCUGACAUGCACAACUCCUCCAUCAGCAAGAUACUGGGAACUAGAUGGAAGUCUAUGUCUAACCAGGAGAAGCAGCCCUACUAUGAGGAGCAGGCCAGGCUGAGCCGACAGCACCUGGAGCGUUACCCCGACUACAAAUACAAGCCCCGCCCCAAACGCACCUGCAUCGUGGAGGGGCGGAGACUCAGGGUGGGCGAGUACAAAGCCAUGAUGAAGAGCAGGAGACAGGAGCAGAGAGGGGCAUACACACACAGUCAAUCAGAGCCGCAGAAGCUGCACUACACCCCAGGCGAGGGCCAAUACCCAGGCGGCGGUGGAACGGUCUCCAUGCCGACGGUGCCAUUCCACCCCGCGCUAUUGGAGCACUACCUGCCACGAGGGUUGGAGGCUCCGCCUCCUCGCAGACUUGACGGGCAGAUCACACCCACUCCCCUCCACAGAGAGAGGGAGAGACCACCGUACAGCGAGGGGGAGGAGAGUGACAGAGGAGAGAGGAGUGAGGGAGAGCUAGUUCUCCUCACUGACUGAGUGGGAGAGAGGAAGGGAGAGAGUUUUUAAUAGGGAUAAAGGAGUAAGGGAGAGUUAGUUCUCCUCACUGACUGAGUGGGAGAGAGGAAGGGAGAGAGUUUUUAAUAGGGAUAAAGGAGUAAGGGAGAGCUAGUUCUCCUCACUGACUGACUGAGUGGGAGAGAGGAAGAGGGAGGGUUUUUAAUAGGGAUAAAGGAGUAAGGGAGAGCUAGUUCUCCUCACUGACUGACUGAGUGGGAGAGAGGAAGAGGGAGGGUUUUUAAUAGGGAUAAAGGAGUAAGGGAGAGCUACUUCUCCUCACUGACUGACUGAGUGGAAGGGAGAGAGAGGGAGAGUUUUAAUAGGGAUAAAGGAGUAAGGGAGAGCUACUUGUCCUCACUGACUGACUGAGUGGAAGGGAGAGAGAGGGAGAGUUUUAUUAGGGAUAAAGGAGUAAGGGAGAGCUACUUCUCCUCACUGACUGGCUGAGAGGGAGGGACAGAGAGAAAGGAGAGUGUGUGUAGACAACUGAAUGAAAAGGUGUGUGUGUGUGUGUGUGUGUGAUGAAGGGGAUCUUGGUCCACAUCAAGUGUGUCAGAGUUCAACGGUUAUAUCUUAGCCAUGUGAUAUGACCAUGUCAGCAGAGCCCAUGACAUGUUAGGGUUAGUAGGAGACAGUUGUUUGUUACAACGUUGAAUCUAAAAGAUCAUUGGUCAUGAAUCAUAGAUUGGUCUGUCCAUGUUGCUCGUAAUAAAGGUACAUUCACAAUGUGGAAUGAGUUGAGAUACACUGGAUUAGACUUGGGGUUCAUUACUGUCACCCACAGGCAUUGACAUAGAUGUUUCCCCUAAACACACAUCUAUUAUUUCUAGACCAUAUCCUUAAAAAUAUUAGGGCCAGGGUAUGAAACAUCUGACCUCUCCCUAACGACGCGGGGCGGCAGGGUAGCCUAGUGGUUAGAGUGUUGGACUAGUAACCGAAAAGGUUGCAAGUUCGAAUCCCCGAGCCGACAAGGUACAAAUCUGUCUUUCUGCCCCUGAACAGGCAGUUAACUCACUGUUCCUAGGCCGUCAUUGAAAAUAAGAAUUUGUUCUUAACUGACUUGCCUAGUAAAAUAAAGGUUUUAAAAAAAAAUCUGAUUUUGAUUCUGACAGAGAGUGCUGCCCUCUGCUGUUUGGGAUGGGCACAGCACCAUGAAAUAUCCCGAUCGCUAGAAAGAUUAUUUAAAACAUUUUUUAUUACCAAUAUUUACAGAUGACAGAGGUUGAAUAACCCCCAUUAAUAGCAUAGGUAAUGAGAUGCACUCUGUCAGAAUGCACUUUCACUGAACCCUCAUCUCCUUUCCAAACAGACUCAGACUGCACCAAAGUAGUCUAAAGUAUAAACUUGUCUCCUUAUAUCUUCUCCUUCAUAUGCACUGACAACAAAACAGGACAAGGCAAUAUGGGGGAUUCCUUGUGCGAGAGUUUCUUUCACUUGUCAAGUUCUUUCACAUCAGUGCAGGUGGAGUAAAGGAAGCCACUUUAGACUAUCAGGAUGCACCCAGUGUUUCAGUUUUUGCACUUGCGAUAGUAGUUGAUCAGCAGUGACAUCUAGUGUAAUGAGGAGAAAUGUCUAAGGAAUCUCCCUCCAAGCCCUUAUUCUAGAUUGAUCUCAUCCUUCUGUUCUCUAGUUGUGUACAAGCUGUAUGUGAUGUGUGCAUAAUGUCUUUCAAUCAAUUUAUUUUGAACGCGGGUUUACAAUGUACUUGUCACAGAAUGUUAUACAAAUGUUCUGUAAAAUGUGUGUUUCUUUGAGUGUGUGUGUGGGUAUUGAACGCAAAGGUUGGCCUGAACCCUUUGUCUGUGUAUUCUGACACCCUGGCCUGUUGUCUUGACCACAGCUGUUGCUCUGUCCAUGUACUGCAGUUUGCCUUGACACAACAGUGCUCCAUCUCAAUAGUCUUAAUGCCGCUCUGUCUCCAUCUGCGCUGACCUGAAAGAACUGGACAGGUGAAAUGAAGGUUUUCAACCCAUGUUAUCAGUGCAGAUGGAGGAGAAAAACAGAAUAGGAAUCCAUUUGACUGUUGGGAUACAGCCUUCAUCACAAUGUACUGGACAGAAGAGGUCAGAUUUGUGGUGUAAGCGUAUUGUUAACUGAGGCAGGCCUGUGGUUAGUUGCUGUUACCCUGUUGUAAAGCAUUUGGUGAGCAGGAUGAAGUGGCCACUGAUCUACGGUCAGUUUUACAUCUUUUCCUAUAACGUUAAGGACAACUUCAACCCAGAGCCAAGGGGAUGGCACUGUAGAGACUGUAUCAGAGAAACAUGUUUAUCUAAUUAUGACACAAACCCAGAAGAGAACUGUCACCUGUUGUCACCCCUGCUGUUGUAAAUAUAGAUAGAUUUUAUUUUGUUUAUAAGAGCCUGUGUAAUUUAAAGGUGUACCUUUUACUGUAUGUUUUCUAAGUUGUGGUUUUGUUUUUUGGAAAAUAAUAAAUUUGGUUGUUAUCUUU